AUCUGUGUAGAUUCAAAAUGGAGCACGAGGAAGGAUGGCUUUCUCGUCUUUUCCGACUCAGAGACUACCUCCCUGGCAUUGCCACCAUCAUCACGGGCGUGAUCAUGCCAAUCCUGUCUGCUCUAGCAGGGAACACCUUCACUUUCUCUGUCUUUAGAUGUCCUUGCACCUGGCCAGAGAAUGAAACGUAUGCCACGACAUUUUUACUUGGACCAUUUUUCGUUUUGAUUUUUUUGGCUUUCGUGAUACAGGUACGUUCGAUUUGUAGAUCAACGGAUUUGCUUUACCACUAUCUUCCAUAUAACACUCGUUGGAUUAGUAUUUUCCCCAUCGUAAUACUAAUGAGAAAUGCAACGUAUUCCCUGGCACCAUUAGUUUGGCUAACAAUAGCGUUCUUUCACGGCGAUGCCUACGUAUGUCGUCAAGUCGAUUCCGUAAACCUUCAGCGCUUUCUCACGCUGACCAACGCGAGUUUCGCGAGCAACAAGCAGCGGCACGACGUUCUGGCCAAGGUGCCCUGCGAGAACCCGGCGGACCCAUUCGUCAGCCUCGACUCAAACGAGACGAACGAUGAGCUCCGAAAGGAAAUCGUCACCUUCCUACGCGCCAAAUCUCAGCACGUGGCGUUAUUGUCAUUAUUGGUCAUACUAUCAAAUUUCAUCCUCGUGGCUAUUCUGCACCAAUGGAUCAAGAGACGCCGAGCAACAAUAGAGAAGUCGUUCAAGUUCCAGUACGCUCACUGCGAGCAGAUGCAGAUCGACGAGAAGAUGGCGGAGUUUGCAAACCGUCUGGCCGAGCUGAACGCGAACCGGCUCUUUGGGCACCUGGAGAGAGUGAGGCAAGGGAGCGAGAGCUUAUCCCUCCCGCCCGGCUACGAACACCUGGACCAGGGCCAUUGCGGCAGCCGCCUUGACAGCCACCGAUUUCCAUCGGAGCGACAGCGGCAGCCACCGUCACUGAGAGAGCCGGGCGAAGCGUUGCCACUCCUCGCCACGGAAAAGAGAGAAGCCGACAUUAACCAGGCGACUUAAACGUGGCCCCCCCCAGAGUCCCCUGGAGGCGAUGUGCAGGUGGCUCGGGAACAGGGGUGCGGGAGAUGCAGCGGGGUGGGGUUCACAAUGGCCAUAUCCGUGACAUUGAGCCGGCACCACGAAAGAUUCUGAGUUUGAGUCGGGCGCCAUUGAUUUCACCAAAAAGGAACGUAAGCAAGUGGCAAAUGCACCGCAGCAAGGCCACGCCAUCAGUUUAUAGUUCGAAGGACAGCGGCUUACCGUAUGCUGAUUGGAUGUCUAUUUGAAGUGAGCUCAGAAACACGUCAUUAAGGACCCUCGACGUUACCUUCGACUGUGGUGCUCACCAACGUCGCCCCCUUCCCACUCUCGCCUUCCAGUGUUGUGUGAAUGCAGAGUCGGGGGCUAAAUGAGACAUCACCUCGAUCAACGGAGCACUGGUCUUGUCAGGGCAAAAAGGCUUGAGCGACCGGUAGUGUUUUGAUUUAAGGCUUUCGUGACUGCAGGGAUUCAUAUUCUUGGUUCUUUCGGUAAAGUCACCACCACG